UGAAAAUGCAGUUGGCGUUCAUGCAUUGCAUUGCAGAGAAACAAAACAGAAAUUCCGUCGAAAGUGACUGACUCGUGAAAAACGUGAUAGUUUCUUUCUGUUCUCCUUAAUUCUCCAUCAUCUUCUCCCACUUCUGUUCAAGUAACUGCACUCUGCUAGUACCAUUUAUAAUCUCCUCGCCUUCAAUUAUCGUUAUCAUUUUCCUAACCCUCAUCAUCGUUCCCAGGAUUUGGAAGUAACGAAAUUCGGGGCAAAUGAAAUUCGGGGAUGCAUUCACUGAGUAUCUGCAGGAGGAGGGGUUGUUGUUGGACGAGAAGUGUGCUCACAUUGAAUAUAUGAGGUUGAAACAAGUGUUGAAGACUUGUCAGAAUUGCAAAGACACCACCACCUCUCUCCACAAAGAUCAGUUAUGUCAAUUAUGUGAUGAAAAGUUCUUCUCCGAGUUGAUGAAGGAAGCAUCGGAUAUAGUAGGGUACUUUAGUUCAAGAGUUAAGCAUCUCCUUCAUCUUCAUGUGGCAAGAGGACUGCAAAGAUAUGUAUUGCGUUUGCGCCAGUGCUUUAAAAAUGAUAGGCAAGCCCUUGCCCAAGAAGGAAGAAUUUUGAUUGAGUACAUUGCAAUGAAUGCUAUUGCAAUGAGGAAAAUACUUAAGAAAUAUGAUAAAGUACAUAGCUCUAUGAAUGGGAAGAAUUUCAAAUCUAGGAUGCAAGCUGAACACAUAGAACUUUUACACUCACCUUGGCUAAUUGAAUUGGGUGCUUUUUAUCUGAAUUCAACUGGUCGAGAUGGUUGUGAGCUUGACGGAGUCUAUGGUCACUUUUCAUGUGAUCUAGAUGUAACUAAAUCUUCAAUGACGUUGGUGCUUCCAGUUUCUAUUAAGCUCGAGUAUGAUCUAACUUGUGCAAUUUGCCUGGAUUUUGUGUUCAAUCCAUAUACUCUGGGUUGUGGCCAUAUCUUCUGCAAGUCAUGUGCUUGCUCAGCUGCCUCUCUGAUGAUUUUCCAAAGCCUUAAAGCCGCAAGUCCAGAGUCAAAGUGCCCUAUAUGUAGAGAGGUUGGAGUUUACUCCAAGGCAGUGCAUAUGUUAGAACUUGAUCUGCUUAUUAAAAAAAGGUGUAAAGAUUACUGGAAAGAGAGGCUAGCUGAUGAACGAGUUGAUACGUUGAAGCAAUCAAAGGAACACUGGAAUUUUCAGUCCACAUAUGCAAUUGGAUUGCUGUAGGUUUUGUUAUGCUUUUGGCCAUGGAAACACAUGUUAAGAAAUAGAGCUCCUAGGAAGUAUUAAGUGAUUUUCAGUUACUAUUGUGGGAUGAGAUUGAGAUUUUAUUUAUUGAGACCUUAGCACAAUGAGAGAAUUAGUAAAUUAAAACGGGAACUUUAGAAAGUUAGUUGCACCAUUUUUGUCUUGCCGGUCACUAUUCCAUAUAGAGUUGGUCAUAGCCUAGCCUGACAGAUGGCCAACAUUUUUGUCUUGCCAGUAAAUUGAAGGAUUUUAUGUGAACAAUUCUCAGUGCUUGCAUUUGUUUAUUACUUUUAUUUUACAACCAAAGGAA